CCGGCUUUUGACACGUCAAAAAACACAAGCACGUAAAUACACAACUGUCAGUUUGUAUUCUCAGUUAGGUCGUACUAGUAUCCUCCUAACGACAUGAAGGUGCCCCUCGCCUGUUUUGUGCUCCUGCUGUGCGCCGCCGAACGGCUGAACGCGGCCCCCCCGGGAAAAGGAACCGACCCUGGGGGCGCAGGAAGGUUCUGGCACAUCACGGAUCUUCAUUUGGACCCUACCUACCACCUGGUGCCGGACCCCACCAAGGUGUGUUUCUCCUCCAAAGGCGAGCCCGCCAGCAGUGCCGGUCCGUUCGGGGACUUUGUGUGCGACUCGCCCUACAGCCUCAUCCAAUCGGCCUUCACGCACAUGACCCGCCUCGUACAACCGAACGACUUCAUCAUUUGGACCGGCGACAGUCCUCCUCACGUUCCGUCGACCGAGCUGUCCACGUCGAUGGUGAUCCAGGUGAUGAGCAACAUGACGCACACCAUCCGACAACACUUCCCAAACGUCAGCGUCUUUCCCGCCGUGGGAAAUCAUGACUACUGGCCGCAGGAUCAGAUGCCGUCGUCCACAAACGACAUCUACAAGGCCGCCACCCGACUGUGGAAACCCUGGCUGCAGGACGAUGCGCUGAAAACACUCUCACAAGGGGGCUUCUACACCCAACUGGUUCAUGCAGGCCUACGAGUGGUUAGCGUUAACAGCAUUCUUUAUUACGGUCCUGACCUGGCCACUUCCAACAUGAGCGACCCGGCAGGACAAUUCGAGUGGCUGGAGGACACGCUGUCAAAGGCAGACGUCAACAUGGAGAAGGUAUUGGUCAUCUCUCACAUUCCGCUGGGAUUCCUGCCAUUCCUUUCGAAUGUGACCGCCAUCAGGAACGAGCACAACGAGAGGCUAGUCACCAUCUUUAGGCACUACAGUCAUGUGAUCGCUGGACACUUCUAUGGACACACACACAAAGACAGCAUCAUGGUGCUCCUAGACCACAAAGGUAAACCUGUGAAUUCUGUGUUUGUGUCUCCGGCGGUAACGCCCAUUAAAGACGUUGGGGAUACAUACUCUAACAACCCGGCGGUGCGUUUUUAUUUAUACGACAAACAAGACUUUGACAUUUUGGACAUCUGGCAGUACUUCCUCAACCUGACUGAGGCCAACCUCAAGCGACGAGCCGACUGGAUGCUGGAGUACGUCAUGACUGACGCGUUCGACCUGCCAGACCUGCGACCGGCCAGUCUGCUCCGGCUGGCUCUGCGCUUGUGGCUGCCGCCUGCCGGCGGCGUUUUUGACACCUACUUUGCUCACUACACGGUCAGCUACGACGACAGGCCGGCGUGCCGGGGCGAGUGUCAGAUCCUUCAGCUGUGCUCCAUGCUUUACCUGGACCAGAGCUCCUACUCCGCUUGUGUGGUUGCGCAACAUCAUCAUCACCAUCUCGUUAAUAACCAUCUCUCCAAGAUCAAAGCCACGUCGCGUCAUCAGGAUAUCGUGUGAACAAAACUAAAAUCCUUUUAUGCACUUUAUGAACAUUAUCAAAUAUUUGCUUUGAAAUUCUUUCGGAAGCCCUUGACUACUUAGCUACAUGAAAUUUGGUCGACAUGUCUAUCAUGAGUAGACCCAAAAAAAAGUCUUGAGCAGCCAUGCCCAAAUCGUCGCAGCAAGUCUCUUGUUUUGGUUCGAAGAGGCCAUUUUCGACUCAUUUUGGCCUUUUUUCACAAGCUCCAUUAAAGACCAACUUCUAAUUUGAAGCCGGUAGACAGGACAGAUGGACGACGCUAGGUUGAGAAAAAUCUCCACAUGAAAAACAAGGACUCCUCGAUGAUUGCUGAAGCAUAGAAUGCACAAUGGCUACAAAUGUUAAGCUGGAUGUUUGCUGACUUGCUGGAUGUUUUUUUAGUUUUUAUUUGAAUAAUCUCUUGACUAUUGUGGAGGAAAUAGCAGUCUUGGGGGAAAUCUUUUUGUUCAUGCUAUGACGUCAUUGCUUUUUGAUAAUGAUUUUACCUUGGAUGGGUUUGUAGAAAACUUUGUCCAGUGUUUAGAUGAAAUGGAAUGAUAUUUAAAUCUUCUUUUGAAGUUGCUGAUGGUACGAGGCUCAUGCCUCACGACUCAGUUGAAUCAGUUUGUCGGCAGUGCUGUGGCAUCUUUGACAUUAUUGUCUCUUUGUGAUUUCAGCUUUUUUUUUUUUUUUUUUUUUGUUAAAUGAAUGAGAUGCAAAUCUUAUUCUCUAAAGUCACCAGUGCUACUAGGCUAAUGCGACGCUGUUGAUUCAGUAUGUCGCCAUGCAAUGAUCUUUUGGCCAUGCCAUGGCAUUGUUUUUCUGUUCAUGAUUUUGCAUUAAAUUAUAUUUGGCCAAAGUUUUGUUAGUGUUGAAUGUUUGAAAUGCCAAUCUUUUUAAGUCGUCAAUGCUAUUAGGCUAAUGCUAACGACUCAGUUGGAUCUGAUUGUCAGCAUUUGUAUGGAAGUGAAUAUAGUGUUGCGUUUGUCUGUUAAAAGUUGGGGAGCGGUGGCAGCCACUGACCUAAUUUCACUUGCCCCCUUAGCCCCCUGCCAACUUCUCCCACUUUGAAUGUUCUCAGCCCCAUUCCAGCGCUAUUGUGUGCCCCUCCUCACUCCUCGGCCUCCCCCACUCCCAACGUUGACAGUCCCUCGUUUUAAAACAUCCGCUCGCUUCAUGUGUAACUUCCAAAAAGACCCAGAAGACCGUCCAGAAAGUGUCAGAAGAAGAAAAAAGUUAAAAUGAAUGAUGAAAACAGUUCAAAUGAAUGAUGAAUGGUGAGAAACUCACCUCUGUACCCCCCCGACAUACUCCCCCCAUCCUUCAAUUCCUUCGCUCGCCUGGCCGGGGCGUAACCGUGGUAACGGCAUACUGGCGGGUGAGCGUGGCCAGUUGCUGGGGCGUCCGUCGUCACGGUAACACCAGGGAAGCUCUGUUGUGUGCAAACAAAGCUCUCUCUUCACUCUUUGUGUGACCACUUUUUUUUGGGAAGAAGUUUCUCAUGAGUACAUUUCAAACCGCAAGAAAGAUCGUAAACAUCAUUCAUACGAUGAUUCUGACAAUAAAGAAGCAACACUGCUCA